AUGAACGCCGAAGAACGCUUGAACUUUAUCACCAGAAAUCUGCAGGAGGUGCUCAAUAAACCGAUUAUUGAAAAGAUCCUGGCUGAUGGCGAGCAUCCCCGUAUUUACUGGGGCACUGCACCCACCGGUAAGCCUCACUGUGGCUACCUGGUAGCCAUGACCAAACUGGCUGAUUUCCUCAAAGCCGACUGCUCUGUUAUCGUUUUGUUGGCUGACCUGCAUGCCUUUUUGGAUUCAAAACCAGAUGAGGUGGUUUUGCAGUACCGCGUCAAAUACUAUUCAAUGGUAGUCAAGGCCAUGCUCACUGCCCUUGGUGUGCCUACUGAAAAACUCGAGUUCAGACUGGGCCGGGACUACCAACUUACUGGAGAGUACGUUAUGGAUCUUUUCCGCAUGAGCAACAUCACUAGCGUGAACGAUGCCAAGCGUGCUGGUGCCGAAGUGGUCAAGCAGACGGACAACCCUGCUCUGUCGGGCCUUAUUUACCCAUUGAUGCAGGCAUUAGAUGAGGAGUAUCUUAAGGUGGACAUUCAGUUCGGCGGUGUUGAUCAACGUAAGAUCUUUGUGCUGGCUGAAGAAUAUCUGCCUCCGCUGGGAUACAAAAAGAGAGCCCAUUUGAUGAAUCCUAUGGUGCCCGGUCUUGGUCAGGGCGGUAAAAUGUCUGCCUCCGACCCCAACUCUAAAAUCGAUCUCGUCGAGGAUCCUGCGGUGGUUAAGAAGAAGAUCUCCAAGUCCUUUGCUGCUCCUGGCGUUGUCGAGGGCAACGGUUUGAUUGGCUUUGUACAGUACGUCAUCUUGCCCGUUGGCGAUAUCCGCGAUGGUAAGCCUGAGUUUUUCAUUAACCGUGAUGAGAAAUGGGGCGGCCCAAUCACAUACACCAAUAUUGAAGAUCUCAAGCGUGAUUAUGCCGAGGAGAAACUGUCUCCUGCUGACCUCAAGAUUGGUGUCACCGAUUCAAUCAACAGUCUGCUCAAACCAAUGCGUGAAAUGCUGCUUGACAACCCCGAGUUCAUCGAAAUCGAGCAAAAGGCCUACCCUCCUCCCGAGGAAAAGACCAAAAAGGUCAAGAAGGUCAAGAAAGAUAAGGGCUCCCGCUACCCUGGUGGCCAGGCUCCUGUCGCGCCAGAGGCGGUGGUUGCAUCCGCAGAGCAGGCCGCCCAAGAGUUCGAAAAGCUUGAGCUAAAACAAUAA